CCCAGCGGAAGUGGCGGGCAUCGGGCGCCUGAGCGGGGUUUGAGAGAUGAGUACUGCAUCCGGGGCAUGAUUUCGCCUAUUGUCUGGUUUACGGAAUUGGCCUAGGGGAUCGCGCAGCCUCGCAUUCAGCCCUAGCGCGGUUGCGAUCUGAAGGGAGCAAAGCUCCCUGCCGGGUACAGGCGGUUUUCUGUAUCCCCGGGAGCAGCUGCUCGGAUUCAGUGAUGGAUCGUAGCUCGAAGAGGCGGCAGGUGAAGCCUUUGGCAGCUUCCCUGCUGGAAGCUUUAGAUUAUGACAGUUCAGAUGACAGUGACUUUAAGGUUGGAGAUGCUUCAGAUUCUGAAGGCAGUGGACAUGGCAGUGAAGAUGGAUCAAAGGAUAGCGGAGAAGGUUCCUGUAGUGAAUCAGAAGAAAACAUAUUGGAGGAAGAGCUGGCAGAAGAAGAGGAAGAAGAAAAAAAAACAGAGGAAAAACUUAAAAAUUCAGGUGGAGAAGAACUGCCACUAACAGAGAAAAAGACUAUUAAAACUGAGAAAAAAGAAGAGGAGGAAGAGGAGGAAGAUAGAGAAGUAGAUGAGAAGGCAAAAAAGAAAAAGGAGAAAGAAAAAGAGGGAGAGAAAUCCAAUGAAGGAGAUGCUGGUGUUGAUGAGCACACAAAUGAGCCGAAAAAGUGGAACCUGAGAAGAAAUCGCCCUCUCUUAGAUUUUGUAUCUAUGGAAGAACUAAAUGAUAUAGAUGAUUAUGAUAGUGAAGAUGACAAUGAUUGGCGCCCAACUGCAGGGAAAAAGAAAGGGAAAAACACAUUACGCAGAGAAGGAAGUGAUGGUGACAAUGAGGAUGAUGAAGAUGAUGGGAGUGGAAGUGAUGAGGAUGACAAUGAAGAGGAAGGCAAUGAUGAUGAAGAUAGCAGUGCUGCUAGCGAUGGGGAAUCCAAGAAGAAAAAAAACAAAGCUCUUAGCAGAAAUAGUGUUGAGGAGGAGGAGCUGACAAAUGAUAGCCUGGCUCUUUCACAGAGCAAGAGCAAUGAGGACUCACUGAUUCUUGAAAAAUCUCAGAAUUGGAGCUCCCAGAAAAUGGACCAUAUUAUGAUUUGUUGUGUUUGCCUUGGAGAUAAUAGUGAAGAUGCUGAUGAAAUAAUUCAGUGUGACAAUUGUGGAAUAACAGUACAUGAAGGUUGUUAUGGUGUUGAUGGUGAAAGUGAUUCUAUUAUGAGCUCCGCUUCAGAAAAUUCCACUGAACCAUGGUUCUGUGAUGCUUGCAAAUGCGGAGUCUCUCCAAGCUGUGAACUUUGUCCCAAUCAAGAUGGAAUCUUUAAGGAGACAGAUGCUGGCAGAUGGGUCCAUAUUGUUUGUGCACUUUAUGUUCCCGGAGUGGCAUUUGGAGAUAUUGACAAAUUGCGACCAGUAACACUUACAGAAAUGAACUAUUCCAAGUAUGGUGCAAAGGAAUGUAGCUUCUGUGAAGAUCCUCGUUUUGCCAGAACUGGUGUUUGCAUUAGCUGUGAUGCUGGAAUGUGUAGAGCUUAUUUCCAUGUGACCUGUGCUCAGAAAGAAGGCCUAUUGUCAGAAGCUGCCGCAGAGGAAGAUAUUGCAGAUCCUUUUUUUGCUUACUGUAAACAACAUGCAGACAGAAUGGAUAGAAAAUGGAAGCGUAAGAACUAUUUGGCUUUACAGUCCUACUGUAAAAUGUCUUUGCAAGAAAAACAACUUUCACCUGAAGCUCAGGCUCGAAUUAAUGCCAGACUUCAGCAAUACCGGGCUAAAGCAGAAUUAGCACGCACCACAAGACCACAGGCAUGGGUUCCAAGAGAAAAACUGCCACGGCCACUCACUAGCAGCGCUUCAGCAAUACGUAAGCUCAUGCGUAAAGCUGAAUUAAUGGGCAUUAGUACAGACAUCUUUCCUGUUGAUACUUCAGAUACCAGUUCCAGUGUGGAUGGAAGACGAAAGCAUAAACAGCCAGCAUUGACUGCUGAUUUUGUGAAUUAUUAUCUUGAGAGGAACAUGCGCAUGAUCCAGAUUCAGGAGAAUAUGGCAGAACAGAAGACAAUUAAGGAUAAGCUGGAGAAUGAACAAGAAAAACUUCAUAUAGAAUACAACAAGUUGUGUGAAUCUUUAGAAGACCUUCAAAAUAUGAAUUCAAAGCUACGAAAUGAAGGGCAGGGAAUGUGGGCUCUCCUAGGAAGAAUUAUUGGACAGAAACUAAAUAUACCAGCAAUUUUACGAGCACCCAAGGAGAGAAAGCCCAGUAAAAAGGAAGGUGGAACUCAUAAGACUACAACCCUUCCAGCAGUACUUUAUAGUUGUGGGAUUUGCAAGAAGAACCAUGAUCAGCACCUCCUUUUGCUGUGUGAUACUUGUAAACUCCAUUAUCACCUUGGAUGUCUGGACCCUCCACUUUCAAGGAUGCCAAGGAAGACUAAAAACAGUUACUGGCAAUGUUCAGAAUGCGACCAAGCAGGUAGCAGUGACAUGGAAGCAGACAUUGCCAUGGAAACUUUACCAGAUGGAACUAAGCGAUCAAGGAGGCAGAUUAAGGAGCCAGUAAAAUUUGUUCCACAGGAUGUACCUCCAGAACCAAAGAAGAUUCCUAUCAGAAACACGAGAACUAGAGGACGAAAACGAAGCUAUCUUCCGGAAGAAGAAAAACCUGAGGAACGGAUUCCAAGAGAAAGAAGACAAAGACAAUCUGUCGUACAAAAGAAGCCAAAAUCUGAGGAUUUAAGAACAGAAUGUGCUACAUGUAAAGGAACUGGAGACAAUGAAAAUCUAGUCAGAUGUGAUGAAUGCAGAUUAUGCUAUCAUUUUGGUUGUUUGGAUCCUCCCUUGAAAAAAUCUCCAAAGCAAACUGGCUAUGGGUGGAUUUGUCAAGAAUGUGAUUCUUCCUCAUCCAAAGGUGAAGUGGAUGGAAUGAAAAACAAGUAUCAGCUACUUGAGAAAUCAUAUGGGAUAAUGAAGCAAUCUUUACCUGAGACUGGAUGAAGAAAUGAUUCUUAGUAAACAACAAGUACUUCAAAUUCUAAAUGACUCUUUCCAAAGAAUAGAUGAAGUCAGAUACCUGAAGUUAAGGUAUGCAUAAAAUGGAAAAACCUGUUUUUAUCUUGGAGCAAUGUUCUUCCUUAUCAGAAGGUUCAUUUGGAAUGAUCCUGGAAGAUUGUAAUCCAAAGUAAUAAAAGUAAGUUGUGAAUCACAAAACCUUUCUUCAAGUGUUACAGUCAUAGAAAAUAUUAGGAAAUUAGACAUGAGCCCUUUACUCCCUUGUUUUUUGCUUCAACAUUGCAUAAGUAGAUGAGUAGCAGUCCAAGUUACCUGCUACCUCUCCAUCGACUUACAGAAAAAUUGGCACAAAACAAUUAUUUUCUUCUUCAUAUCCUGAGCCACUAGAAGAGCAAACUUCCCAGCACCUUCCAUCUUCACUGUGGUAUAUCAGUUAUUGAAAUGCAAAGGAGCUAUUGCUACACCCAACUAUGCUGGAUAAUUUUUGCCCAGUAUCCAAUCUUCCAUUUUUAGAGAAGGUUUUUAAGAAGGUGGUUAUAGAGAAGCUUCAGAGAAUCCUAAAUGAAUGUAUUUUGCUGAUGUUUCUCUUUUCUUCAUGACUAAUAGAAGUAAUAGUAUUGUUGGGAGCAAAAGCUCCUACAUUGUGCAAUGCCAUAGGGUUUGUUAAUUUCUCUGCUCCUGUUAGUAUCUACAUGAAGCAGGUUACCAAGGUUUUAUGUAACUAUGGGAUAAAUAUACUAAUGAUACCCAGCUAUAUAACUCUACCCCUGUUAAAGUAAGCAAUACUGUUGAUGUCUUUUUCUUGAUGCAUCAAGGCUCUAGGGCAGAGGUGUCAAACUCGCAACGUCACGUGAUGUGUCGCGACUUUUUCCCAUUGCCGGCAAUGGGGUGGGUACAGUUUCGCCAUGAUUCAUCCGGCCCACAGGCCGGCAGUUUGACAUUCCUACUCUAGGGGUUUAGAUGAGGAAAAAUGCAGUUUCAGUCUUCCUGGUGUUGGACAAUACUUGCCAAAUUGUAACUUUAUGGCUUUUUGUGGUUAGCCAUUACCAUGAUGAGCUGUGAACAUGCACUCAUCUGAUCUCAAACAGUAAGCCAUUGAUUUAGAACUCCAAGCAGAUUUACCAAUUCGAUAUAUAAACAUCUUCUUAAGUUAGUCUGCAUCUCUUCUCCAACCUGCUAGAUAUUAUAGUCACAUAACAAUUCCAAAAUCUAGAGGGGCAUUAUUUUUCAUCAGAUUCAGUGUACUCACAACAACAAUUACAUAAGGGAAAUCCUGAAGGAUUCCCUUUGAACAGAGACUAUGUUCACAGUGGAGAAACAACUGAAGCAAUGUAUAUUAUUUUGUAUUGUCCCCUCUAUGCUGAUGCUCAGAAGGAACUACCUCCAUUCAUUACUAAAUAUCCUGAUCAUCUCAACUUUUAUCUUAAGUAAUUAUUUCCAGAUCAAUAUAAUUUUACUUUUUGGACCACAGCUAAACAGUAUUACAUAGUAUUUCUUCUAAUCCUUUUUAUAUAUUUUAGAACAUUUUAUUGUUCAUCUGAAAUAAUUAUGAUUUCCUUGUUUUAUAUACUAGUCAAUGACUGAAUAAAAAUUGAUUGAUUUUUAGGAAAGCUAUUGUUUGUUGUCUUUUUUUAUUUCUCAAAUAGGCACCAUUUCUGACAGCAUAACAGGUUACUUUGUCUUAUUUGACCACAGAAAACUCAUAUUCAUGCCUAUCUGAUGCUAUGGAUAUAGUCCGAUGGUUUGAAAAUCUAAAUAUAUUUUUCUAGAUAGAUGAUAGAGUUGUGAUGAAAAGUCUGUUUGACAAUCCAAUUUGACUAAAUAAUAUUACCUUACAUAACUGAACAUCCACCUUCUGAAGAAUAGGAAUAGACAGCAAAAAAUAAUUUUCUAUAAACUGAGGAUCAGCUUAUAAAAGGCUACUAAAGUGAAUUAGGGCCAAUUGCCUACUAGUUACAUACAGCUGCUUCUUGUAACUCCCACCUGUUACUGUUCUCUUUACUGUUUUGUCAAAAAUAAUGAUUUGUGAUUAAUUUGGGAAGGUGUUGUAGAUUAUUAAUAUCGAUUCUAUCAUAUGAAAAAGUAAGUCCAUUAAGUAGAGGAAUUAUAUAUCAAAAGAGGAGGAAAAUUAGCAAUACUCAGCUUCACUGCUAACUGGGAAGAACAAGAACGGAGUGGAGGAAAAGUGUGUGUCACCAAAGAAUAGUACUGAUAGGUAGCACUGUAUCAAAAAGUUAAAUGAGGUGAAAUUGGAGAAGGAUGAUAAGAAUAGCAUACAUUUCUUUAAAUAUAUUCAUAUAUAAUGUUAGAUAUUGAACUGAUGUUGCGUCUUUGUUUAUAUCUUUUUAUAGGUCCAUAAAGGUUUGAGUAUAUAGCGUAGCAUUAGCAUUUAGAUUUAUAUACCACUUCACAGUACUUUACAGUCCUCUCUAAGAAGUUUACAGAGCCAGCAUAUCCCCCAACUAUCUGGGUCCUCAUUUUACUGACCUCAGAAAGAUGGAAAACUGAGUCAACUUUGAGCUGGUGAGACUUGAACUGCCAAACUGUUGGCAGUCGGCAGUCAACAGAAUUAGCCUGCAAUCCUGAAUUCUAACCAGGAUUGUACCACCAGGGCUCAUAUACUUUUCAAUCCAGCUUAUUCUAAAACUUUUGUUUGUAGUUCAAGCUGCAAAAUAACAUCUGUUCUUAUGACCAUCCCAUUAAUUGUAACAUAACAAUCCUGACCUACCCAUAUUUGCUAUCACCAUGACUUGAUGUGCUUAAAAACCACAUAAGCUUUAGGCUUUCAAACAUGUUAAUGUUAAAGCUCAGAAUGAGUUGAAAUUGGAGAAGGAUGAUAAGAAUAGCAUACAUUUCUUUAAACAUAUUCACAAUAAAAAGAAGAGAAAGGAAUCAAUAUACAGUAAGUGCUAAGUAGUGAAGCACCAAAUGGUUUUAAAAAAGCUAUCAACUUCUCACCCCAUCUCUGAAAAGGUGGGAUGAUUCCACUAGGCAACUCUGAACAUCAGGCUGAAGAUAGAGGAUUUCAAUAUGAAAUUUUUAGGAACAUACUAAGGGGUUAGGAAUUAUUUAUUUGGAAUAAAUUUAAAUUUUCAAUGAAGUAUACUGAAGAACUUGCUGGUAGCCUAGUUGAUAUAUUAUCCAUUAAUAAUUUUGGAAAAUGGUGAAACCCUACAAAGUGUCAAAUCUUCAAAAAGGAGAAAAGGCACUAGAAUAGAUCCAAACAGAUUACUUUGUAAGUACUUUAAAAACAGUAUCAGAUGAAUUUAUCAAGAACAAGUCUUGAUAAUAUCUUAUUUUAUCAUUGUGUUAUCCUUAGGAAAUUAUGAGAAUAUUUUUUUCUUCAUCAAAUACUUCCCAUCUAAUAAGAACUGGCAGAAUUGGUUAAACAAUGCAACACAGGAAAUGUGCCUUCUCUGGGGUAAUAAUUGUUGUCUGGAAUGUUAUUCCUCCAAAGAAUGAUGCAGCUAUCACCCACCCUCAAAAGCAUGACCAUUCUCCCAGGCUUCUUGUAUAGCCUAAGUCGGCCAUGUUAGGGGAUAUGAGUGAGUUAUUUAUUCUGGUAUAAAAUGCUCAGAGUCAUUCUGGGCUCCGGUCUUCUAAAUUGAUGAUCAAUCAAUAAAUAACUUUCCAGAUUGCUCUAUGAUUUUCUGAUAAAUAAGUAACAGUCAUUAGAUAUGAGCUGGAUAGGAUAAUAAUUAAAUGAACAUAUUAUCAUCACAUCCAAAGAGUGAUAAUUGUUCUUCAUCAAACUGGAUGAAGUACUUAACUGAAAAGCCAGAAAGUUUAGUCUUGCACUUUGCCAAAAUUGUAUUAAUAACUUGGAUGAAAAGAUAGAGAAAAUACUUUUAAAUACCUUAGAAGACAGAAAUAAAAAUAAAAACAAGCUUGUUAGUUUUUAUUUAUUCUGUAUAGGUCAGAUCCCCUUCUCCACCAAAAGUAACUAUAACCAGUUCUAGCAUCACACUUUGAGGAAACUUAGAUAAAUUGAAACAGUUCAAAAAAGAGUAGCAAUCAUGAGCAAAUGAUUAAAAACUAACUCUUAUGAAGAGAGAUUGAAGAAACUGGAAAUAUUUAGCUUUCUGAAAAGAGGAUGGAGAGGGAGAUAUGAUAGCAGUUUUUAAAUUCCUAAAAACCGAUCACAGAGAAGAUCAAAGCUUCUUAAUAUCACUGACAAUAGAACCCCAAAUUUUGUAGAUUACAAAAUGUACACUCUGAAGUCAGAAAUUUUCCCAGCAACAAGGGCGGGUGAAAAACAGUACCAGAUGUGCUUUGCUUCCUUUCGCUGGGUGCCUGCAAAUAGAAGCUGGAAACCAAUCAGAAACUGUAAUUUGGAUUCUAUAACUGAGCAAAGAGUUGGAUUCGGUGUCAUAAAUGUUUUAAUGUCCUUAAAAACAAAUUAACAAAGCAUAAAAGCAUUGAUCAUAAAAUAAUGUAUACAGUAAGAACACAGUUAUUAACACAGUGUUCAUUUAAAUAGAUAAUCUUGUCUAGGUGCUAUUGUUAUACUACCUUUUCUUCCACAAAGUAAAUUUCCCUUCUGUUCCAUUCAUAAUGCUGUUAUUUUAAAAAAAAACUAUUAAAAACAAGUCAAGUAUAUUUUCUAACAAUCAUUUAACAGCAGUUUAUAAGAACACAAUGCUGUCCUGCAGUUAAUUUAUGAUUAUAUACAGUGGGUUUUUUUCUAAAAAAAAAAAAAAAAAAGUGCCA